UGUGUCUUAACAAAUCUGGACCAGAUACUGAGACAGCUGAUCAGCAGGAGGAUCUCAUUCAUUCCAGCUACAACAAACUCAUGAGCGAGUUGAACGAACCAGGAGUCCCAUAUAUGUUGACUCUUGCCAAUCGUCUGUAUGGAGAGAAAUCCUAUCAGUUUAUUGAUAAAUUCAUUAGUGACUCACAAAAAUACUACCAGGCUGGACUGGAGUCUGUGGACUUCAUAAAAAACUCUGAAGCUGCACGCGUCAACAUCAACAACUGGGUGGAGGAAAACACACAAGGGAAGAUCAAAGAUUUGCUGCCACAGGGGAUCCUCAAUGAAAUGACGAGUUUGGUUUUGGUGAACGCCAUCUACUUAAAGGCGAACUGGGAGAAAAAAUUCCUAAAGCAAGCCACUGAUGAUCAACAGUUUAAAGUGAACAAGAAUGAAACUAAACCAGUGAAGGUGAUGAAACAGAAGUUCAAGUUUCCUCUGAUCUUCAUCCCAGAGGUGAACAGUCAGAUCCUGGAGCUGCCGUAUGUCGGGAAGAAUCUGAGUAUGUUUAUCAUCCUUCCAAAUGAGAUUGAAGAUGACACCACUGGACUUCAGAAGCUGGAGAAAACACUGACAUAUGAGAAGCUCAUGGAGUGGACCAAACCUGACAACAUGAUUGUAGAAAACGUUCAGAUAUCUCUUCCUAAAUUCAAGCUGGAAGAAACUUAUGACAUGAAGAGUCUGCUGGUGAAACUGGGAAUGGUGGAUGCUUUUGAGAUGGGGAAGGCAAAUUUUUCAGGCAUGUCCCCCCAAAAUCUGGUCGUGUCUGAGGUGAUUCAUAAAACUUUUGUUGAAGUCAAUGAAGAGGGAACAGAAGCAGCCGCAGCUACUGGUGUUGGCAUGAUGCUACAAUCCUGCAGGUUUGUGUCUCUGAAGAUAUUCAAUGCUGAUCAUCCCUUCCUGUUCUUCAUCCGACACAAUCCCACCAACACCAUUCUGUUUUAUGGACGCUUCUGCUCUCCAUGAGCUCCUCCUGCUGGUUUGAUCUGAAUAGUUUUGUUUCUAAAGAUUCUCAUUUGUUUUGAAUGAUUGUACAAUGAAAGUUCUAGACUGGGGUUAUGGUCAGCUGUGUACUCUUUCUUACAUUAUAAAUAUAGUUUAUAAAUCCAUAUGGUAAUUUUAUCUUCUCUGUAAAGAUUCAGUAUUCUUUGUUCCUGCUGCUAAUAAAGUGCAUGAAAUGCACUUGAUUACAAAACCAAAUUUAAAAUCACAAUCACUAAUAUGGAAGGAUUAGUCAGCCAUUAAAUGCCACCUCGGUCAAAAAUGAGAUAAUGAUAUUGUCCAAAUGUUCUCAGCUCAUAUUAAACAUUUAUCAAAUCUCUUUCA